AUGAAGCUCACAUCCACACUCGGGGCGUGCCUCGCAGCGCUUUUCGCUGAUGCCGUCACUGCGAUCUGGAACCCAGUCAUCCCCGGAUGGAACCCUGAUGCGUCCAUCUUGCGGGUCAAAGAUGACUACUACAUCGCGACGUCGAGCUUCGAGUACUAUCCCGGCAUCCCCAUCUACCACAGUAAGGAUCUGGCAAACUGGACCCUCAAGAGCCAUGCCUUUACCCGCCCGGAGCAGCUGCCGCUCUACGGCACCCCGACCUCCGCCGGCGCCUGGGCACCGAGCCUCUCCUACUUCAAGGGCAAGUUCUGGAUCGCCUCGAUGACGCGCUGGACCUACGACCCCGUCGCCCGCGUCUGGCCCCGCGUCUUCUUCGCCUCGUCCGCCGACCUCAUCACCUGGUCCGACCCCGUCUGGGCCGACCCCUGGGGCAUCGACCCGGAGCUCUUCCACGACCCCGUCUCCGGCAAGACGUACCUCAACCUCAUGGCGCCCAACAACAACGCCGACCGCCUGUGGGGCCUCGCCGGCUGCGAGGUCUCCGUGUCGUCCGGCCGCUGCGUCGGCCCCUAUGCGAGCCUCUGGAACGGCACGCUGCCGCACGUCGCGAGCGCGCGGCCCGAGGGUCCCAAGACGGUGUACCGGGACGGCUACUACUACCUCAUCGCCGCUGAAGGCCGCGAGGGCUUCCUCGUCGAAGCCGAGUGGGUCGACGGAUGGCCGGUCCUCAACGGCGGCCGUCCCGUCCUCCUCAGCGAGCAGGUGGGCGCCGAGGCUGCCGGCGCCCGACCGGUCCCCGAACCGUGGGUCGACGACUUUUCGGGCCCCGAGCUCGACAAGAGCUGGUACCAGCUGCGGACGCCAUAUACGCAGAAUUAUAAGGUCUUCAACGGCCGCCUGGCGCUGCGGCCCAACGUCUUUGGGCUCAGCGACCGCGACACCCCGGCCGCCCUCCUGAGGAAGCAGACGUCGCUGAACAUGACCUUCUCGGCCGAGCUGCUGGGCUUCAAGGGAUCGUUGGGCCCCCGGAACAGGAUCGGCAUCUCGUCGUAUCUGUCCGAGUUUCAGCACCAGGACAUUGGCCUCCGGGGCUGUGUCAAUGGGACGGGCCUGUGUCUGUAUGUCGGGCUGCGGAGGAACCUGACGACAGAGUACUGGCAAACGCCGCUCAACGAAUCCAGCGCUGGGCUCUCUUCGGGCCUCACGCUGCAUAUCCGCGCCACGCCGCUGAAGUAUGAGCUGGGCUACAGCCUCAAAGGGCAGAAGAGGCCUACGUACGUCAAGGAGAUUGAGUCCAGGUGGCAGGCUUUUGCGCCGGCGGGCUGGUUCGUCUUUAGCGGCAACUCGUUUGGGCUGUUUGCCACGGGCGAGGGCGAGCCGUGGCCAUACAAUGCUCCGGAUGUUGGGUUCACCAGAGUCACGGAGACGUAUUUUGAGGAGGACAUCCCAGACUACGAUAGAUGGUAG